UCUCCACACCUCAGCCCCCCGCUCCUGGUCCUGCAGCCCAAGGUCAGCUCAGGCCAGCAUGGUGUCCCAGGGAUCCUCGCCUUCUCUUCUGGAGGCCCUGAGCAGUGACUUCCUGGCCUGUAAAAUCUGCCUGGAGCAGCUGCGGGCACCUAAAACCUUGCCCUGCCUGCAUACCUACUGCCAGGACUGCCUAGCCCAGCUGGCUGAGGGCGGCCACCUCCGAUGCCCCGAGUGCCGCGAGACUGUGCCCGUGCCACCAGCAGGCGUGGCUGCCUUCAAGACCAACUUCUUUGUCAACGGGCUCCUGGAUUUAGUGAAGGCUCGGGCCGGUGGAGACCUGCGUACAGGGAAGCCAGCCUGUGCACUGUGCCCCCUGAUGGGUGGUGCCAGUGCUGGGGGUCCAGCCACAGCCCGGUGCCUCGACUGCGCUGAUGACUUGUGCCAGGCCUGUGCCGAUGGGCACCGCUGCACCCGGCAGACUCACACCCACCGAGUGGUGGACCUGGUAGGCUACAGGGCAGGGUUGUAUGACGAGGAGGCCCGGGAGCGCCAGGCAGCCCAAUGUCCCCAGCACCCAGGGGAGGCCCUGAGAUUUCUGUGCCAGCCCUGUUCCCAGCUACUGUGCCGUGAGUGUCGCCUGGACCCCCACCUGGACCACCCCUGCCUGCCCCUGGCUGAAGCUGUGCGUGCCCGGAGACCAGGCCUUGAGGAGCUACUGGCGGGUGUGGACAAGAGCCUGGCUGAGCUAGAGGCUGCCCGGAUGGUGGAAAAGGAAGCCUUAGCUUGCCUGCGGGAGCAGGUGGCCAGGGUGGGAACACAAGUAGAAGAGGCUGCUGAAGGCGUUCUCCGGGCCCUCCUGGCCCAGAAGAAGGAGGUGCUGGGGCAGCUACGGGCCCACAUGGAGGCUGCAGAGGAGGCUGCUCGGGAGAGGCUGGGGGAGCUGGAGAGCCGGGAGCAGGUGGCCAGGGCGGCAGCUGCCUUUGCCCGUCGGGUGCUCAGCCUGGGUCGCGAGGCCGAGAUACUCUCUCUGGAGGGGGCGAUUGCCCAGAGGCUCCAGCAGCUGCAGGGAUUUCCCUGGAUGCCUGGACCAUCCCCCUGUCUGUUGCCACAGCUGGAGCUUCAUCCUGGGCUCCUGGAUAAGAACCGCCACCUGCUGUGGCUCUCCUUUCAGAAGCAGCAGCCCCAAAAGGACAGUGGGAAAGAUGGAGCUGGAAGCCAGGAAGGUGAGGAAACCCAGAACCGCAAAGAGGAUGGAGGCCAGGCCCCAAAGGAGGACAGAGCCCAGACACCCCAGAAAGAUGGAAGCCAGCCCCCAAAUGUGGAGAGAGCCCAGACCCCGAAAGAGGGCAGAUCCCAGAUGCCCCAAGAAGAUGGAGGAGCCCAGACUGGCGGCAGAUCCAACAAAAAGAGGAAAUUCAAAGGCAGGCUCAAGUCAAUUUCCCGGGAGCCCAGCCCAGCACCUGGGCCAAACCUGGAGGACCCCGGCCUCCUCCCCAAGCCCAUCUUUUCCUGCAGCUUUCCCACACGGAUGCCUGGAGACAAGCGGUCUCCCCGGAUCACUGGGCUCUGCCCCUUUGGUCCCCGGGAGAUCCUGGUGGCAGAUGAGCAGAACAGGGCUCUGAAGCGCUUCUCCCUUAAUGGUGACUACAAAGGCGCUGUGCCUGUCCCCGAGGGCUGCUCCCCCUGCAGCGUGGCCGCCUUGCAGGGCGCGGUGGCCUUCUCAGCCGGGGCUCGGCUCUACCUCAUCAGCCCUGACGGCGAGGUGCAGUGGCGCCGAGCCCUGAGCCUCUCCCAGGCCAGCCAUGCUGUGGCUGCAAUGCCGAGUGGGGACCGGGUGGCUGUCAGUGUGUCAGGCCACGUGGAGGUGUAUAACAUGGAAGGCAGCCUGGCCACCCGCUUUAUCCCUGGGGGCAAGGCCAACCGGGGCCUUCGGGCACUCGUGUUCCUGACCACCAGCCCCCAGGGCAAUUUUGUGGGGUCAGAUUGGCAGCAGAAUAGUGUGGUGGUCUGUGAUGGGCUGGGUCAGGUCAUUGGGGAGUAUGGGGGACCAGGAUUGCAUGGCUGCCAACCGGGCUCUGUGUCUGUGGAUAAGAAAGGCUAUAUUUUCUUGACCCUCCGCGAGGUCAACAAGGUGGUGAUCCUGGAUCCAAAGGGGUCACUACUAGGUGACUUCCUGACAGCCUAUCACGGCCUGGAAAAGCCUCGAGUGACCACCAUGGUGGACGGCAGGUACCUGGUCGUGUCCCUCAGUAACGGGACCAUCCACAUCUUUCGGGUCCGUUCUCCGGACAGUUAAAGGGCCAGGAUUGGGGUGG